AGAAGGGUCUAAACCGUGACAUUAUCCUAUGUCUUUGAGCUAGGACUAGGAGUAGGACCAUGGAACAACACCACCUAGUUUUUGGUCCUUUUGUUUUGAUUUGAACAGUUAGAUUAGUGUGCUACAGAGGGAGCCAUGGCACUGUUUUCUCUCCAAAGUAAGCUUUCCCCGUUGUCAGUGUUAACUAGGCCCUCCUCAUCCUCAACAAAGAACCUUCCCUCUGUUACUGCCACUGUUACUAGGCGACGAGCCAUAGUCUUUGGUUCCAACCUUGUAGUGGCUUCCUGGCUCAGUUUGGUUAAUCUCUAUUCAGCACCGCUUGCACUAGGUCAACAGCCACAAGAUGAUGAGCUUCAGGAAGAAGAAGACCACGUUGUGCACCUGUUUCAGGAAACUUCACCGUCGGUUGUUUUCAUUAAAGACCUUGAAUUGACUAAAGUCCCCAAGACCUCUUCUAAUGAAGUCAUGCUAAAUGAGGAUGAAGAUGCAAAAGUGGAAGGCACUGGUUCAGGCUUCAUUUGGGAUAAAUUUGGUCACAUAGUUACCAAUUACCAUGUUGUUGCUAAACUGGCUACUGAUACAAGUGGUUUACAACGUUGUAAGGUGUUCCUAGUUGAUGCCAAAGGGAAUAGCUUUUGCAGGGAAGGGAAGAUAAUUGGAUUUGAUGCAGCAUAUGAUCUAGCUGUUCUGAAGGUUGAUGUUGAUGGAUAUGAAAUAAAGCCUGUUGUUCUUGGUCAAUCUAACAAUUUACAUGUUGGCCAGAGUUGCUUUGCCAUUGGAAAUCCUUAUGGAUAUGAGAACACUCUCACAACUGGGGUGGUCAGUGGUUUAGGCCGCGAGAUACCUUCACCAAUUGGAGGGGCCAUUAAAGGAGCUAUUCAAACUGACGCAGCUAUUAAUGCAGGAAAUUCAGGUGGACCAUUAAUUGACUCGUAUGGCCACGUUAUUGGAGUAAACACAGCUACCUUCACUAGGAAAGGGACUGGAGUGUCAUCUGGUGUUAACUUUGCAAUUCCCAUUCACACUGUUAUCAGGAGUGUGCCUUACCUUAUUGUCUACGGAACACCUUAUAGUAAUAGGUUCUAAUUAUGCAUGUUACAUUUGAUAAACUUCAAUUCUUGAGUAAAACUUUAGAUAAACUAUGAAUAUCAUUUUUACAUUCAAGUUGUACAUGAGUUGAAAACAAGUAUUCUAACUUUAACUUACUAGUACUUAAUUUUU